CCCAAAUGCUCGCGAAGCAGUACCGCUUCGGCGUUGACGAUGGCCCUGCCGCAGAGCCAAAGGCACCGUGGAUUCACCGCUCGCCACUUGUGUGCCUCGCCAUGCAUCCGAUUUGCGCCUCUCGAUGACUAGUCCCUCCAACCAUGCGAGAGAUUUCCUCUAGCAUUUUCCCCUGCUGAUGUGUGUUUUCAGCUUCCUGUUGUGGUCGCGGAUCCUUGUGGGGCAUUGUGCACAGGACUGUCAUUAGGCGGAUCGUCGACAGUGGAGUGAGCGAAUUUCGUUGGGGUCGAAGCCAAGCCUUUUGUGAGAUGGCCGAAGGGGUUUGAAGGAUGUGUGCUCUCAACUAGAGUUUUAGGAGUAUUGCACGACUUGUCUGAUGCAGCUAGUGUUUCGGAUUUGUUGUGAAGCGUGAUAUGCUGGUUUUACAACGCUUGAGCGACUGGGAAGAGGUGAGCGUGAUUCAACCAUGUCGUCGUCCGUUGCAAUUCCGACCCUGACCCGGAGCAGCUCGAAGCUGGUGUCGCCAGCUUCCUCGUUCCCAUCUCGAGGAGGAUUUUUUCGAUCACACAGCCAGACGGAGGACCCGCAUCCCUUCUUGCGGUCAUACUCCAGCCCAAGCUGGGAUGCCGGUCGGGAGCCGCUGUUGCAGGCGUCGUUGUCUGGGCAGCGGCAGGCGGAUGGACGGCGUGAGGAUGCGGAGGGAGGCUGGUCUGGAGACGUGAAGUUCGUGCCGGUGCCGCAGAAGCUCACCGUAUGGCAGGAAUUGGGGCGACAGUGUUGGCUGGCGGGGCCUAUGGUUAUCGUAAACCUGUUGCAGUACUCCAUCACGGUUGUGUCGUUGGCAUUCGUGGGUCAUUUGGGAGAGAAGGAGCUUGCCGGUGCUUCGAUUGCCACUUCGCUCGCCGGUGUCCUAGGCUACUAUGUUCUUGUAAACUUGUCUGCUCAAUUUCUCUAAAACAAUUCCAUUCAUGGCUACGUAAGUUAGUGGCACUUCUUUUGAAUUGGAUACAGGAGAGGGAGGAAACACACGAGAAGAAGGGGAUUCUCAACUUGCUAGAGAUUGCAUCGUUAGAGAGGUCGUUGAAGCUAGGUCUGGGGAGCGCUCUGGAGACUCUCUGCGGGCAAGCAUUCGGGGCUGGCCCCAUACACCACCACAUGCUGGGGAUCUUCCUGCAACGAGCUCUUGUAGUGCUUUAUGGAGCGUGCAUCCCGAUUUCGUUUCUUUUCAUUUACAUGGAGCACAUUCUUCUGUUGCUAGGGCAAGACCCUCACAUCUCCGAGAAAGCAGGCGAGUACGCUCUUUGCUUGCUACCCAGCAUCUAUGGCUACGCCCUGCUACAGCCCGUGGUCAAGUUUUUGCAGACCCAGAGUGUAGUGCUUCCGAUGAUGAUCUGCUCAGCAGGGUCGCUGGCCUUGCAUGUGGGGAUUUCCUACACUCUUGUUUAUAUGCUAGGUUUGGGGUUCCGCGGGGCUGCCUUGGCAACGAGCUUGUCGUUUUGGCUGAACGCCAUUUUCUUGGUCUGCUACGUGAGAUUUUCGGGCGUGUGUAAACAUACAUGGGAGGGCUUCUCGAAGAAUGCCUUCGUUGAUCUGCGGGAAUUUCUCGGUUUGGCUAUCCCAUCUUGCAUAAUGAUCUGCCUCGAGUACUGGUGCUUUGAAGUCUUAGUCAUUUUAGCUGGACUUCUCCCGAAUCCAGAACUUGAACUUGCAACACUCUCUGUGUGCUUGACUACAACGUCUUUGAACUACAUGAUCCCUUUCGGCCUGAGCGCCGCUGCCAGUACGCGAGUGUCAAAUGAGCUUGGAGCAGGCGAUGCUCCUGCGGCAAAACAAGCUGUCGUCUCAGUUGUCAGCCUCUCCGCAACGCAAGCCCUGGUCAUUUCCUCCGUGCUUCUGUCGCUCCGUCACCAGUGGGCCUGGUUGUUCAGUGGCGACGCGGAAGUGGUGGAUUCAGUGGCGGAAAUUUUACCUUUCGUUGCUUGCAUUGCCCUUCUUGAUGGCAUUCAGGGUGUUCUUUCAGGUGUGGCAAGAGGAUGUGGGUGGCAAGAGCUCGGCGCGAUUAUUAACCUAGGCGCCUUCUAUGGAGUGGGGGUUCCGACAUCCGCACUUCUUGCCUUCGAAUUCAACUUUGGAGGCCGAGGCCUUUUCUUGGGUCUUAUUUGUGGGUUGGCCACUCAGACCCUAAUCCUUCUCUGUGUUACACUGCGCACAGACUGGGAACGACAGGUGCGGAAAGUAGCAGCUCGCAUAUUGCACGAAGAAGCGGAUCUACUUGAGGACAAGAGUGGGGAAAGGAGCUGAAGGGCUACACGAGGCUGGAGCAACGGCAGGGCUCGUGUGCACAUCACCGAGCUCUAUGUCGAAGCUGGGAUAUGUAAUGGUAAACACAACAACGCUGCACUCCCCCUUUUCUAUACGGGAGUUGCUCUUUGUGUUGUUGGAUAAACUAUGGUUUUCCAGUUUAGGGUUUAGAGUUGUCGAUCCUAGAGUUGCUUCAAGUUCCACAAGCGGAAUGAAACCAGGAAAUAGAGUUGAGGAUCAAUCUACGCGGAUACAUUUACAAUGUUAAACAUGUACAUUACAUGUUUUUAUAUCCAUAUUUUGGUUGUUUUAUACACAAGCGGUGUUAAUUGUUGUU